AUGUCGCGUCCAUUUCCAUACACCUACAUCUCGUGCCCUUGCGCCGAUACUCCAACCCCAGAUCCCGCCAGAAAGCGAAGGUCGAGGGAAUCACCACGGAAACAAACACCGGAACGAACAACAGAAUCCACGAAUGAAGAUAAGACAAACCCAAAGCAGGAGAGUGGCCAACAACAGGAGGAAGAUGAAGAUGAAGAACAAACAUUCGACCCUAGGUCUCUGCGUUCCAACUUCUCGCUGCACCCCCCUGAACAGCUUCUAUACUGCGAGGACUGUCACCAAAUCAAAUGCCCCCGCUGCAUAACGGAGGAAGUCGUGAGUUGGUAUUGUCCAAACUGUCUGUUUGAGACACCGAGUAGCAUGGUGAAAAGUGAUGGCAAUCGAUGUGGACGUAACUGCUUCAAUUGUCCCGUCUGUACAGCCCCGCUAGCUGUGAGCACCAUUGAAAACGUGACGGGCAAUGGAAGUCAACAAGGGCCAUGGGUACUGUCCUGCGGAUACUGCAUGUGGACGACGCUCGACAUCGGCAUCAAGUUCGACAAGCCCACCAACAUCCGCAGCCAACUACAAAAAAUGACCGACUCCACCGCAUCGCCAGCCUACGACGCCCGAUCACGACAAGGCUCCCGUGCAUUCGGCGACUUGAAAUCCCCCCUAUCAACCCUAAUCUCCGCCGAAGGGCAACCCAGCGCCGCGGGAAGCAACGACAACAACGGCACCGAGGAGACGCAAACCACAAAAGAAGACUCCAACGACCUUGCCCCCGCCAACACAGACGCGCGCUUCGCCGCCCUAAAAGCCUUCUACCGCACCCAGAUCUCCGAGACCUCAACCUCCCCCAGCGACCCGCUAGGCUCAGACUUCGGCUUCUCCUCGCCCGGCGCCCUAAACCGCCUCAUGUCCCUCUACGCCUCCUCAUCGCGCCUAAGCGGCCUGUACGGCGGCAACAAGAAAUCCAAAUCCAAGCCGCCCGUCAUGCGCGAGGCGCUGACCGCAAGCGAAGGCCUGCGCAUCACACCAGCCGGCGAAGAAGCAGCCGUGAUCGAGCGGCUCGCCUCCGCAGACGGCGGCUGGGAGGGCGUCGCAUCGCUCGAUCAGCGCGCGCAGCAAUCGCCCGACGUCCGCUUCGUCGACGAGCUCCUCCCGCUCCCGGUCCUGCUCCGCACCAAGCGCGCAAAGCGCUGCAAGUCCUGCAAGCAUAUCCUCGUCAAACCCGAGACCAAGCCGCAGUCCACGCGCUUCCGCAUCCGUCUCAUCGCCCUCAGUUACAUCCCGCUGCCUACGCUGCGGCCGCUGGCGCUGGCUGCGCCGUCGUCGUUUACUUCGACGACGGUCUCCUCGGCGCCGGACCUGGAUGCGCUUCCCCCGCUUAGGCCGGUGCAUGUUCUCCUCACGCUGAAGAACCAUAUGUUUGACCCUGUCCGCAUCACGCUCGCUACCCCGUCUGUAACGCCGGGCCGAGUCGCGAGUAGAGUCACGGUUCUCAGUCCGCAGUUUGAUAUUGGGGCGAAUAGCGAUGUUUGGGAUGAGGCGUUGCAGGGUGCGUCGGCUCCUAUCGCGGGUGAUGCGCGGUUUACGGGUUUACGUGCGUCUGAAAAGGUUCCUGAGGCUGGGAAGGUUUGGGAUAAGGGUCGGAAUUGGACGACGGUCGUGCUGGAGGUUAUUCCGGGGACUUUGCCGGGCUCUGAGGCGGAUACUACUAAUGCUGGGAACAAUGAUAACGGUAACAAUGAUGGAGAGGGGGGCCGGGAUGAGAAUGCGGUGAUACCUGCUUUGAAGGAGGAUGAGGAUGUGUUGGAAAUUCCGGUCUUCGUGCAUAUGGAAUGGGAUGCGGAGGCGCAGCUUGAGCAGCAGAAUGUUGGCAAGGCUUCUAAGCCUGAUGACCUUGUUGCGAGGGAAUUGGCUUACUGGAUGGUUUUGGGAGUUGGGAAGAUUCAGGCUGGGUUGUAG